AAACGCCUGCAUUAGGCAGGGAGCGGCAGCCAGAGAGUGAGAGACAUGCCAUUGGAGAUAAUUGAUUACAUCCCAAUCAACAAUAACUUGUUAGCCAUAGUCAAUGUAUCAGUCUCUCAGUGUUUUUUUCUCUCUCUUCUCCCCGGUUGAAGGAUGAAUUUAGUUGGGAGUAGUCUGCAUUGACUCCGAGGGAAAGAAGCAAGGGGGUAGAUUAUAAACAGCAAGUGAGCUUCUUGGACAAUUGUGAAAAAAGUAAUCUUCGAAUCAGGGUGGUGGAAUCUGCAAGUGCUCAUUCCCACUUCCCUCCCCCCCCUUUUAAAAUCAUUUUAACCUUGCAGAGGCUGCCUUUAAGAAGACAGCAAGGAGAGAAGACCUUGGACUUACUGGAGAGAACUUUUUUUGGGGGGAGAAGCACUCGCUUUUGUGGAGCUCAAAAUGACUUCCAAAGAAGAAGCCAAAUCAUCCUCUGUGGAAGAGAGGAGAAGGAACGCUUUGGACCACUUGCCACCUCCUGCAAAUUCUAACAAACCCCUGACUCCCUUCAGCAUUGAGGACAUCCUGAACAAGCCCUCAGUCAGAAGAAGUUACACCAUCUGUGGGACAGCUCACCUACUGACCACUUCUGAGAAGCCCCCUCCUGCGGGGUUACCCCUGUCCAGCAGAGCUCUCCUCUCCCAGACCUCACCUCUCUGUGCCCUGGAAGAGCUGGCCAGCAAAACCUUCAAAGGUCUGGAAGUCAGUGUCCUGCAGGCUGCUGAAGGGCGAGAUGGGAUGACCAUUUUUGGUCAGAGGCAGACCCCCAAAAAGAGGAGAAAAUCGAGAACAGCUUUCACAAACCACCAGAUCUAUGAGCUGGAGAAACGAUUUUUGUACCAGAAGUAUUUGUCCCCGGCCGACAGGGACCAAAUCGCGCAGCAGCUAGGACUGACCAAUGCCCAAGUCAUCACCUGGUUCCAAAACCGCAGAGCAAAACUCAAGAGAGACCUGGAGGAGAUGAAAGCGGACGUGGAGUCCACAAAAAAAAUCAGCCCAUCCUCUGUGGAAGCCGUGCUCACCAUAUCAGAACUGGAGGACUCAGAGUCCAUAGGCAGCGUCAAAAGUAGGUCCAGGUCCCCCAAUCUGCUGGACCGCCACCUCCAGCUGUCCCCCUCAUCCCCUCUUACAGACCAGCACACCAGCAAGGAGUGCUCGGAGGAUGAAGAAGACGUGGAAAUAGAUGUCGACGAUUGACUUGUAUUUAUUUAUUUAUUUUUAUAAAUUUUAAGACACACAAAAAAGACUAAAAUGAAAGCAAGAAUGGACAGUGGUUAUAUGCUGCGCUUGUUUCAUAAAACAUUGCUGAAAACUAAAUCAUACCUUACACCCCAGGCAGUUUCUUUUCAAUUAAAGCAAUAAGUAAUAUAGCAAACAAAACAAAAUCACAUAAAACGACUUAUAUGACUACGGCUGCCCAAUCAGGUAGUUUUCUUGUUGUUUUCUUUAUUCUUUUUAAUUAUUAUUAUGAUAACUAUUUUUGUUUUAUUUUAUUUUUGGAAUGGUGCAAUUGUGUAUGGCUUCUGUACAAAUAUUUAAACAUAUUUUUUUAAGCUUUGAUUCUUAACCUCUAAAUAAUGUACCUAUCACGUAGCUUUGGUAAAUAAAAAACAUCUCAAUGAUUAUUUUGUGACCCAAACCUUUUCACAAUUUUCACUUGAUCUGCUUAUUUUAGUCAUGGUUCCUCUGCAUUUUAAAAUACGCGGAAAUACACGGAUUUUUUGUUGGAAUCUUUUCCCCCUGUAUUAAGAUUACUAGAAUCUUUUUUUUGUCUUUAUCUUUUCCUACAUGUCAUUUUCUCGUAUCUGAUGUAAUUUUUCUCUCGCUCUACUAUAUAUAUAUAUAU